GCCCGGAAGUGCACGCGUGCCGUCAAGAUGGCGGCCUCAGCGGUCCGGCUGCGCGGCCUCUGCCGCCCGUACCACGUUUUGCUGUUCCUCUCCCAGUUCUACAUCUUGUCGGGUGGUGGAUCCUUAGAUUUAGAAUAUUCGCAGCCGCUGGCUCAGUCAAUAAAGGAUCCGGGCCCAACACGUACUUUCACAGUAGUUCCCAGGGCAGCAGAAAGUACUGAUAUCCCACCUUAUGUGAUGAAGUGUCCAAGCAAUGGUUUGUGUAGCAGACUUCCUGCAGAUUGUAUAGAAUGCAAGACAAAUUUCUCAUGUGUCUACGGGAAGCCUGUCACUUUUGACUGCACAGUCAAACCUUCUGUUACCUGUGUUGAUCAAGACUUCAGAUCCCAAAAGAACUUUAUCAUCAAUAUGACUUGCAGAUUUUGCUGGCAGCUUCCAGAAACCGAAUAUGAGUGUUCCAACUCCACCAAUUGCAUGACAGUGUCCUGUCCGCGGCAGCGUUACACUGCCAACUGCACAGUGCGGGACCACGUUCAUUGCUUGGGUAACCGUACUUUUCCGAAAAUGCUGUACUGCAAUUGGACUGGAGGUUAUAAGUGGUCUACAGCUCUGGCUCUGAGCAUUACCCUCGGAGGGUUUGGAGCAGACCGUUUCUACCUGGGCCAGUGGCGAGAGGGCCUCGGCAAGCUCUUCAGCUUCGGUGGCCUGGGAAUAUGGACUCUGAUAGACGUCUUGCUAAUUGGAGUUGGCUACGUUGGACCAGCAGAUGGCUCUUUGUACAUUUAGCUGUGGGUAUGUGCUUCAGAGAGGAGCGGUGCUUAGAAGGUACUUCCUUUGCCUGUAGGAAUUGAUGUGCUGUGAGUGAUGUAUUUUCUGUUUUUAAUGUACAGCAUCUGUACUUUGCCUGCCUUGAUAAAGGUAAAAUUUAAAAAUACACUGAACCAUGCUUAUCUGGAA